UUUGAAUUUGUGUUCAAGAUUUUCUUUCUCCAACAUUUAAAAUUUGAGCAAUGGAAGUUUAUGAGUUUGAUAAGUGUUUGCUUGACCGCUUGGAAGAAUCUUUGGGAGUUUUAUCUUGGAAAGAUGAAGUAGUACCCGCAUCUCAAGUUCGUUCCGAGUGGUCAUAUUAUAUUGAACUUCAGAUUGAACCAGCAGGUUGGCAAGCGUUAUGGAAGAUUCCUCGAGUGAUAUGUGAAGAAUUAUGUAUUAGAUACCCAACCGUGGUUUUCGGUUAUGUGGAACAAGUUAUUUUUAAAGAGUUGAAAGCUAUAUUUAUUAUACAAGCAGUUCAGGAUGAAGACAUUCAUUUACCGGAAAAGCACGAAGUUUUCUUGGAAGAUCUAUGGCCUACCAAAGAGCAAGAAAAUUACGAAUUAAAUAUUGAACGAACUGCUGAUUGUGUUGAUCGUUUAAGAUUCUUUUAUACUCAUGUUUGGAUGCCCUGGGACAAUGAUAACGAUGACGACAUUAAUUGGGUAGAAAAGCAUUUAGAGUCACGUAUCCGAUUUUGCUAUGACUUGCGUAAAAGAACAAUGAAAAAAACUUUGGCAGCCCAUGUCCGCAAAUUGCUUACAGAAUCUAAGUAUUUGCAACAACGACGAGAGUACCUAGAACUAGGACUUACUGACGAAGACGAAGGAGACCUCGAAGAGACGAUGGGUAAAACAGAAGUAACUGAUUUAAUGAGAUUACAUUUGCGCCUAGCUAUGAUUCGCAAUGAAAUUGAAUUAUUAGAAAAUCCAGAAAUGAGAAGAAUUUUUGAAGAAAUAAAAUUUCCAGAGGAAAAAUAUUUCAAUGAAAAUGAACAAAAUGACAUAUCUAGCGAAAAAAAACUUGGAGGAAUUUAUUUUGUAAUGACGCCAUGCACACUUGAUCAACAAAUAUAUUUAUUGCAAAUUGCCAAGAAGAGAAUUCCAAAAGAUGCUUUGGUUCAAAAUGUACCCACACUGCAGGAAAUUUUAAACAGUUGUAAUAAUUAUGACCGUAUUUAUCUUUCACCUGGUCAUCAUACUGUAAAAUUUUUGGAAAAUAUGGCCGAUGGUGGUAGAUUAUGUGGUCUUACUACAGACAAGGAGAAGUUUACAAACUCAUCGGAUUACUUUACUAAGGAAAAUGUUUCGAUAUCAUCAUCAGAUGAAGAAAGUGUGCUUUUUGUUUUCGAAAGAUCUUUUACUAUUGAAAACAUAGUUUUAGAUUGUCGCAAUGUACAAACUGGAAUUUUGGUAAAAAGUGGAACAUUGUGCCUGCGUAAUUGCGUUUUAAUUGGCGAUGGAAAAACUAGUACUCAACAGGGCAUUAUUUGCCAUAAAGGAACAUCCGUUAUACUAGAUAAAUGCAUCGUUGAACAAUUUGCAACAGGUGUUAUUGUCAUGAAUGAGUCAUUGUUACAGCUAAAACACACAAACGUUUUGAAUUGCAAAAUUGGAAUCGAUUUGAAUGUUCACUCAAAGUGCCACUUUGAUAAUUCAAAAAUAACUAAUUCUCUUAAUAACGCAGUACAUGUGUCAACAGUCUUCAAACCACAAAACCUAAAUGCCCGGUAUACAAUUUUGGACUGUUUAGAAGAGUGGGAAAAAAACUUUGACGCACCUACGCCAUUCAUUGGAGAAUGCCAGUUCAAAGGUUGUAAAGUAAAUGUAUUUGUGCAAAAUGUAUCCAAUAUGAUUAUUUCACGAGAAACAUUGAAUAUUUUGAAAGCUAACGAAAAUGGUUUCGAAACCCCUAUUACUAAGGAUACAACGGCGAAUGAGGAAUGUGUCAUCAAGUCAUAUUAACAUAUGGAAGUUGGGUUCAGCAUACAUAAUUCUUAAUCGAAACAAAUUAUACUGUAUAAAUAAUUAUCUGCCUUAACUUUAAUUAAUAUGAUUACAUAUAUCACUUUUUAAAAUUA